AUGACUAAACAGGUAGUUGUAGAAGUUAUAUCUGAUGUGACCUGUCCUUGGUGCUGGGUGGGGAAGCGAUCGAUCGAAAAGGCUGCGAGUGAGCAGGAUAUCCCCCUGGAGCUUCACUGGCGGCCGUUUCAACUUUACCCAGAGAUGCAGUCACCGGGACCACGAGUUGUAGAUGUGCUGGGGAAGAAGUUUGGCAGUGAGGUAGUGCGGCAGUGGAUGCAGCUACCGGAGACUAUUCCCCUAAACAGGCGCUCAACAGCGUCUGAUCUAGGUCUGCAGUUUUCUCUGAGGGGUGACGCGCGCACAUUCAAUACGUACAAUUGCCAUCUCCUACUCACGUACUUUGGUGAAAGGCAGCGGGACUACAAACUCCAAUCAGACCUCCAAGAGGUACUUUUUCGGCGAACCCAUCAGGAGGGAAGGAAUUUGGGGGUGCUCUCUGAGUUGGUAGAAGCCACGAAGGAGGUGGGUAUCACGAGGGAGGAAGUACAAAGUAUACUUGGAGACAGGGAUUUGCAGAAUUUCUUGGAUGACGUCUUGCGGCGUACUCGACUGCAUCCACCACGUGGGUUCAACGGAGUACCACACUUCACGUUCCCUAAUGGCCAAAUCAUAAGUGGUAGUCAGAAUCUGUGUGUUUUUGCAGAAGUGCUUCGAAAAAAUGUAUAG